AAUUCUUCAGUUUUACCGACUCCACCCUUGCAACAGGCUUUUUUUGCCGUUCAAGUAGGAAUGGGAUUCCCCUAAAAUGGAGGAAGUGAAGUGCACGCUGUAGUGCACUACUCCAUGCACACUCCUCCUCCCUCGUUACCGCCUCGCCUCGCCUCGCCUGCUGCCUCCCAGCCGCCAGCAAGUUCGCCUCACGCUUCCUCCUUCGCUUUCGUCCUUUCUUUCUCCUCAACAACAACAAAAAAAUCCCACAUCGCUCCUGCUGAAAGCUGCCGAGCUGAGCGACAGCUGGGAGGAGAAGUAAACUUGGUGGCUGAAGAAAAAGCUCCGCAGACAACACCAGUGAGUGGGACGCGGCUGGUUAUAGAAAUGAUUGUGGGCUUAUUUACGUGUUUGAGUUUGCUUUAAACCGAGGGGCCGAGCUACAACAUUCAGCACUUUCCCCUCCUCCUCCUCCUCCUCACUACCCCUCCGUGAGCAAAAACAAGAGGUCUGCACAGAUGAAAUGCUUCAAGUUCUCGUGUGUUUAUCUCUGCAGCUGUUGGUCUUCUCAGUAGUCAGGUUGUGAAUGUGGAGCAGUGAGGCAGAAAGAGGAACUAAAGGAGACCGCGGAGGGCUACAAUGAGAAGAAAAGACACAGGAGAGACAGGAGGGACAAGAAUGCGACUCAAGUAGAAGACAGCGGACGCACAUCACCUCAAAGUGCCUGGAUGUGCUGGAUGCUGCAGCAGCCUCGUGCCGGCGCAUGCUUUUCCCCACACUGCUGUUCCCUGCAGCCCUGACUGUGUAAGUGUAUCUGUGAUUGCGCUUGGCCUUGACUCGGGCUGUGUUUCACUCUGCGAAGCAAACAGUCCUUCGGCCCGUUUGCUGUUCCUCGAUCCCAAGCCUCCCCCCACCCCCGCCCCCCGCCCCCCCACCUCGCACGCAAUAUCAUUCCGUUGAUCCAAGGACAGUCGAUUCGUUUCUUCUUUUGUGCCCGAGCCUUUUCUUCAUCUUCUGUUCUCUGGAAAUGUGAGCAUCUUUACAAAACAUUAAUGUUGCAGCAGCGGGACGGUGGCCUGUAGGAGCCUGAGGGUGGGAAAAGUGGAUAAAAUUGUUUUAUUUAGAGAAAAGUGUGGUUUUAUGAGACGGGACAGCCACUGCAGCCCAGAAGAGCGUGUCUGUCUGCACUUUUAGUGCCUCAGUCUGAGUGAAGCGGCCAAGAAGCCAUUGCAGCAUGCCUGAGUGACCUGCUCUGCCUCAGCAUCCUUCUCCUGGACACGCCUGCUCUUUGCUCUGCUAUCCAACUCCUAUGGAACACACAGAGUCAUAGAUUCUUCACUGUUGUUUCUGUUAACAGUUUUUUUCUAUUUUUUUUUUUUUUUUUUUUUUUUUGCCAUUCUGUCUGAACAUUAGAGCAUGUCCCAUUCCUUUUACCAGAGACUGAGUGUUUUUUGUGCUGUGGCACAGUGAUUUUUCUUUUCUUUUUUUUUUUUUUUGUCCCGCUACGUGCACUUUUGACCUUCUUAACCCCCAGACGACCUUUAACUCGACCCUAACCACCCACUCAUUAUGGCCGUCAACGUUGCUGUAGGCCGGGACACCAAGUGGCUGAUGCUAGAGGUGUGUCGCGAGUUCCAGAGAGGCUCGUGCUCACGUUCUGACACCGAGUGCAAGUUUGCUCACCCCUCUCGCACCUGCCAUGUGGAGAACGGCCGUGUCAUUGCCUGCUUCGACUCCCUCAAGGGCCGCUGCACACGUGAUAACUGUAAGUACCUGCAUCCGCCUCCGCACCUGAAGACGCAGCUAGAAAUCAAUGGCCGGAACAACCUGAUCCAGCAGAAGGCGGCGGCUGCCAUGUUGGCUCAGCAGGUGCAGUUCAUGCUGCCUGGAGCCCAGCUACAGCCCAUAACCACGUUCCCAGUAUCACCCUCGUUGGCCACCAGUCAGAGUAUGGCAUUAAAUCCAUACAUGGGUCAUAUGAGCCCUGGCAUUGGCCUCAUGCCCGAGCUGCUGCCCAGCACCCCCGUGCUGGUCCCGGGGAGCCCCACGGGCAUCACCAUGGGCAACGGCAACUCCACUCAGAAGCAUGUUCGCACAGACAAGCUUGAGGUGUGUCGUGAGUUCCAGCGGGGCAACUGCACACGGGGUGAGAACGAGUGCCGCUACGCUCACCCAGUAGAGGCGGGCAUGGUGGACGGCAGCGAGAACUCGGUCAUCGUGUGCAUGGACUACGUCAAGGGCCGCUGCUCGCGCGACAAGUGCAAGUACUUCCACCCGCCGGCACACCUGCAGGCCAGGAUUAAAGCAGCGCAGCAGCAGCAGGCCAACCAGAGUGCAGCUGCUACAGCAGCAGCAGCCAUGCCUGCAGCGCGUCCUCUGAAGCGCAACCUGCAGUCAACCCCUGACCUGGCCCUGCCUCCAGGCAGCAUGCAGCAGCUACCAAAGAGGCAAACCCUGGAGAAGAGUAACGGCGCUGCGGCCAUCUUCAACCCCAGCAUGUUCCACUACCAGCAAGCUCUGGCCAGCAUGCAACUGCAGCAGCCGGCCUUUAUCCCCACAGGUUCCCUGCUCUGCAUGGCUCCAUCCGGAGGCAUCGGGCUUUUCAAACCGCCUGGCCCACUGGCAGAGGGCCGCUGGGAGAGGCGGGAUUGGAGCAGCUGCCGGCCCCCCCACAGCCGCUACCUAACAGGGCCUGGACAGACCGUUCCCAUGAUGCACGGUGCCACCACUUCCACUGUUUCGUCGGCUACGACCCCAGUCACCAAUGUUCCUUUUGCCGAAUCAGCUGCCUCCAAUCAGACCCUGCCGAGGUACUGACUGCUGACCCUGUCGACCUCCAGUGCAUUCCUGUGGAAACACACCUCUGUCCAAUCCCCAAACUGCUGGUGGCGGCACCGGUGAGCCUGAACUCAGUAAUCCUCGGCCGCAAUCUCAGUUAACACACCACGAUCACCAUCCCCAAAUCCAAAUCCAGCCACCCCAUAGAGACCUGAAUGCAACAAACGUGUGCCUAAUCAGUGCGUCCAGCAAGGACAACCCUUUCAUGGUCUUAUUUGAUGCCCCACAUCAACAAAAGUCAACAAAAAAUUUGUUGAUGCUAAAACAGGCAAUAUUUAAGCUAGGACCUUCAACUGUUUAAGGAAGUGUGCCAUGAUGCAAGGAGACUUAAGAAGCAUGUAGAUGCUGAAUCUGAGCGCUCCUUUGAAUUCACAGCCAUACAAGUACACAGAUUUGUAGACACACACACACACACACACACACACACACACACACACAAACACACACACAAAGUUGAGAACAGUGCAUCCUCCUCAAAUGAGAGCGAGGUCUCAGACCCGGAUUUAUCCAGAUUGAGUAGUGACGCUGAGGCUUGAUGUCACCUGACAGCACACAUGAUUCUGCAAAAGCUUGUGUAGAGAACGCAAGUGUAUAACGUGCAUGCACAGGGCUUAGGUCAGAGAUGGGCGUGUAUGAGAGCUUUUUUAAAUUUUUUUUAAAGCACUUUUAUUUUUUUUUUUGAACGGUUUUUUUCAUUAUCCAUUCUUUUAGUCGCAGACAUUUACACGUUUUUAUCAACAUAAAUUAGUAGUCAAACGGUGGCCGAUGUUCUUUAGAUGUCCCUGACGUAGAAUUCACACCAAACGCGACACUUAAGCAACAAGUCCAUAUAGCAUAAGUGUGUACGUCUAGUCCACACCGCGAAACCGCACUUUAUUCAUAACGAGGAAGUGAACACGUAUACAUGCGACAGUGUCGAAGGGACAUGAGGUGUGGGCCACCUGUAAUCACACCACGGUUCACUUCAAAACCUGUCGUUAGACAGUGGGACCGUGAUUCGCAUUCUUGUGUUUUUAUUCUAGUUGAUGUAAAGUUGCUAUACAGAACUUGUGCAGGCUGCAAAAUAAAACUAGUACGGUUGUAGAUUUCAUUAAAUAGGCUAUACAGCGUACAACAAAUGGAAGCGUGUGUUAUUUGAAUGGAUUCCGUCUCGCACACAAGUUAAAAACAAAAAAAAAGGAGAAGAAAUGGACGUGGCAUGUAUUAACCAAAAAAAAAAAAAGGUGGACGUAAGACUACUACAUUUUCUAAAAUGUUUUAGAAAUGCAUUUGGUGUGAAUUGGCUUUGUUACUCAAACCACUAACCUGUCUUUUAUCACAGACUAACACAAAGGACGAGCAUACAUGUAUACCCUUUAAAAGCAAGCAUGUCAUUCCUAUUCUACAUACUGAUAUCACCACUGUUUCUAACAUUAGUGAGUGAUUGGUGGAAGGGUGUUGUUUAUUUAAGCCUAAUCCUAUCAAGAUGCAAUUGGUUGACGAGAGGAAGUGUCGUUUAUUUUUUUUUUUUAUCUUUUUUUUUUUUUUCUCCCCCCUCCAUGCCUGGACAUACCACAGAUUUGUUUACGUAAAGCAUUCAGACUGAGGUUAGGUCGAUUCGUGAGUGAAUACCUCCAUUUUCAUAACGCAAUCCGCCUUAAGCAGACGUGUACCUGCGUACCUGCACGUCUUAUCAUGCACGAUGGUGUACACUGAUCUGCAGGGUCUGAUUACAGCCCUAUAGCCAGCUCUGCACAGGAGGUCUGAUAGAUGACUAGCUCAGGAUGAGUCGGAUCACCAUACUGUGUUAGGCAGUGCCAGCACAGCAGCUGUGGCCUUCGAUUGGCGCGGCCAUUUCAAAGCCCAACUGUUCCUCUGUAGUCAGCCACGUCAGAGCGCAUUACUCAUCUCCUGUAACCAAGUGCGCUUUUUUCCUGCUUUUUUUCCCCUCAUUUCUAUAAUACACUGAUCUGUAAGUUUGACUUGGUUUAUCAGCGCUAUUGUGAUAUAUUAGAGUCUGCCACCAUCUCUGCUUCUGUCGUUCCUUAUAGCGUGGACAGUCCCUGCCAAUGGCCCAGUCCCUCCUACUGUGUGACAGUCUGUUUGUCUGUGCUUAUUGCUUAGCCCUGUUUGUUACAUCUCACAGUAACACAAGAUCUUGGAACUGUCCAUGCUGUGAUAUUCGCAGUGCGACAGCAACCAAAGCUACACUUCUAGAGUUUCAUACUGUAGAACCUUUUUUGUUUUCUAUUUGGAGCUAAUGUGCACGUCUUAACAAUGGUUUAACAAGGCACACGGUGUAAGGUGCAAGUGUAAUUAAGAACGCAAUUAAUGUAGUUGAACGCUCCCGAAAUAAAUCAUAGCGUGGGAAUCGCACAGAAUACGGAUGUUUACAGUAAUCCUACUGUCCUGUUAAAUUACCAAUGGCAGCAGUACACUUUUAAUCAUGUGUACCGCUUUAUGUGCCAAUGACUCCGAGAGCUGGGCCACUCUGUGCCAGUCACUGGUUUAAAAAAAACAAAAAAACAAAAGGAGUAGAGUGCCAAGGCUCAAAAGCAGGCUGAUUUUGAAAAUUGUUAUUUUUCCUAUAGCUAAUGCAAUCAUUAAUCAGUACGUUUACGUGGACAACAAUAAUCCAAUAUUAACCCAAUUAAGACGAUACUCUGAUUAAGAAACUAGCAUGUAAACAGUGAUUAUUGAUCACCUUAAUCUGACUAAAGUCAUACUCGAAGUAAACACAAAUCCAUUUAAGACAUGUGGCGUAUUCCUGUUUUAGUCACAUUAUUGAUGUGCGUUACAGACAUGCGCACACGUUAAUCACACUAUUAACGUCGUGUGGGAGUUUUCACCGCGUUUUGCGACAGGACACGCUUACACACACACACACGGCAGUGCUCAACCGUUUGACGUCAAACAAGAGAGCAUCACUGCGUCCCAAACCACGUACAUAUCUACUAUAUAUUAGGGAUGUCACGAUACCAAAAAUCUAGUAGUCGGUACCGAUACCACCAAAAGUACAUGAUACUCGAUACCACGGUGUGGUAUAAAAAAAAUUUUUAAAAAAACUUCUUUUUUUUUUUUUUUUUUUAAUAAAAUAAACUCCUCGGGCUAAUACUGGCAAAAACAGAGAGGGGGGAGGGAUAUUUUAGUUAUGAAACACUGUCUGACAAUGACUAAUAAAACAGUGCUAAUAACAAGUGCUAAGGUGCACUCCUAAACACUCACACACACCCCUUAUACUCUGAAUGCAUGCAUUAGUUUAAAUUCACUGAUAUGGUGUCAGGCCAAAAAGAUUUAUUAAAAGCAUGAACAUUUGAAUAAUUAUUAGUGACAUUAGGCUACAUUUAGCUGAUAGGACACGGGCUGAAUGGCGAUGCAUGGUGGCCCAUUAGGAGGUAGUUUAUAACAUCGCAAUGCAUUAGCAUCGUUAACAAAUAACUGGCUAUCGCAAACAUUACAUGGAGCAUAACGUUAGCUGGUUUCAUGGCCACAAUGCCAGCUGCCUCAAACACACAUAAUGUAGGGCCUGUGUUUCAGGUGCUUCGCCAAAUUCCAGGUGUUUCCUCGCUUUGUUUGAAAUGAAUGAUAGCAUCGAUCGCACACCGGCAACUUAUUCUUCCUCUCCUCUCAAAAAGCUUUCCUCUCUUUGCCGCUCAACGAGUCGGGGCGGAGCUAAACUCGUUGCCCUCUUCUGUAGUUUUUCCCAUGUGCUUGUUCUUUUUCUUUACCACUUGUGGACCGACUAAAACGCUUACGAGUAUAUGCUGCCCUGGUACCUUCAUUACCUACGUACCCACGCUACUGCAGAAAAACAAGUACCGUCACGUUUUAAGAAUGUUGGUACUGAAGUAUCGUUUCUCGUGACAUCCCCCCUAUAUAGUAGGUGAAAUACGUGUUUCGGCAAGUAUUUCGGACGCAGCCCACGGCUUCAAGCAGUCGUCUAUUAGCCCAUAUAGCACCACAAAUAAUUAACUGCACUUGAAGCUUUCAUAAAAUUAAAACUGAAACACCCAAAACUGUAUACGGUACCAUAACGAAGACGAACUGUAUGUCGAUAUGUGAAAUUCUGGAGGGAACGUCGGACAGCGCGGCGUGGGGACGUAAUGACGUGCGCCGUUAAUUUGUCUAUAUUCUAUAACACAUAAAACAGGAACAUGAAAGGAAUAUCCUAAAAGCGACUCAUGUAAACACCUUAAUCAGAAUAUUGCCUUAUUCAGAAUAAGAUCAAUAAUUAGAUUACUGCUGUCCAUGUAAACGUAGUCAAUGCUGUGCUUUCAUUCAGGCUUUCAAUCUUUCCUAAUUCACCUCAUACUGCUGUACGAUGAUUGGAGCUCCUGUAGCUUACUUACAACAUGUGGACUAAAGGCCAUUUCUGAUCUGAUCUACAGAGAAACCUUUUAUAAGCUUUAAUUGGAGUAGAUGCGUGUUUUGAAAGAACAAAUACAGUGAUGGAAAAUAUAACACCAACCGAGGCCUGCAAAAUUUUUGUAAUAGUAGUGCGUAUUUACCUUUUUUUUUUUUUUUUUUUUUUUUUUUUUUUUUUUUUUUUUUAAAUAAAUAAACUUCGCAGCUCUCUGGUUUAAUCAGGAUUAAGUUUCUGUGUAUUAUGUUUGUGAAAUGUGUGUCUGUUUAAUCCAGCUUACAGAUUCCGACCACUUAUUGUGUCCUUAUUUUCAAAAGUCGACAGACUCUAAAAACAAACAAAAAAAAUCCAGGGCAAAGCUGACUGUCAGCCAUAUGAGUGGUUCAUUUCACGUUGUGCUAAAAGCAGUAAUUCUGCAGGAGAAAAGUGCCGAGGUGUCGAGGCAAGGGGGGGGGUCAGCUGUAGCCGGGGUACUGAUGAACCUCACAAACGUUGCCAGGAAAGGGCCUUAUAUACAUUUGAAUGUGACAUUUAGGACAAAGAAGAAUGUCAUUAAAGCUUGAGGAUGCCUGUCUCACCUUUUUUAUUAUUAUUAUUUCCUCCUGAAACAAACCACAACAUAUUUCAACAUAUCAAGGGAGUUAGAUUCUCCCAAUGCCAUUCACUGUUGAUGUACUAUAGAAACAAGAUUCUAACCGCGAGACUUGUCAAGUUGUUGCCGUCGUCGUUACAUGAAACAGCUGUGCUGUUUUGUACAGAUAGCCACAAUGAGGAGCAAAUAUUGAUGGUCAAACACUGCACCUAUUUUAAAGAAAGAAAAAAGAGGACCUCUUUGGAAAUGGUGUAUUUGUGAGGUUUUAUUUUGUCUAGAGGAGACUCUCCAGGCCAAACGCUCAGGGCCUGUUUUCUAAACAUAGAUUAAGGUUGACCCAAGACUAAAAUUGAUUUGUCAGUUUUAAUGCUCACUGACAGUUUCAUUUAGUCUUCAACAUCUCUUAAAGCCUUGGAAAACUGGCCCAAAAAAAUGGUAUGCUUUUCUUACAGUGAUAUAACAUAACAAAAAUAAAUCAUGACAUGCGCAAAUUCAAUAGAGUAAACGGAGGUCAAAUGCAAAUUCAACAAGACAAUAUACUGUGUUAUUGGAGUUUCCGUGUUGUACACAAUUUAUAAAAUGUUACGGUGUGGGUGUGUGUAAAUGUUGGCCGUUAAAUUGUUUAGGAGUGUACUACGCUGUUGAUUUGUAUAAUGGAUUAUUUCUUGUAGUUGGGCGAGUCUCAUUGCCUAGCCAAGGUAUAGAUCUCUCUAUUUCUCUCUCUCCCUCUCUCUAUCACUUUUUUCUCUCAUAUCAAGAGUUAUGCCUUCUCCAACUGCUAUCCAGCUGGAAUUAACUAAAUACUUGAUUAAGGAAAAAAAAAAAAAAAAACAUGCCUCGUUUGAGGCUUUAGCAUUUUCAGAACACUCACUUUUUAAGAAGUGUGUAUUCACGUGUAAUGUUGUUAGAUAAUCUUAUAUGUACAUAUUACUAGUGCAUCCUUGAUAUAGUUUUGUCACCAUUAAGGUCAUGUGACCUUAAUGUCAUUUCUUUUUAAAUGGUACUUAUUUUAGCUGUAUUUCCACAUGUUAAGUAAAAUUAUUGUGAGUUUUACAUUUUGGAAAUGAACAUGUUUUAGUUAACUUGAUUUGUUUAAUGAUUUCUUAUCAGUUACUUCUUCUACAGCAUAAACUCUCAUUGCAUGAAAUGGAAAUAAUCUGAAUAAUCUGAUACAUAGUUUGUGUAGUUAGUAGUAAAUUAAAAAAAGAAAAGAAAUAUCUCUAUAUAAAUAUUAAUCUAUAUACACAUUUGUAUUACAAUGAUCAGUUCAUUGUAACUUGAUAGUAAGUUGUUGUUGCUAUGGCAACAAAACUACAACAUGGCUACCUUUGUGAAUCUUAAUUGUGAAUUUUUUUCACACUUCAAUUGAAUUAAUGUACAAGGUUAACUUAUUCUGAAAGGGAAUGUGUAGAUAUCUUACCUUGGAUUAAAAAUGAUGCCUAUUUUGUACAAAAAAAAAAAAGAUUCCUUAAGUCCAAAGUCCAUUUGGAGAUGUCAUGUUAUUGUGUUUUGUUUUAUUUUAUUUUAUGAUUUCUUAUUUUUCUAAGGGGAUCGUUGUCUGUUUGAGAAACGAGUCUGGUGAGUCAGUGUUUUGCGCUUUAGAACGAACCUGUUGGAUCAUUAAGUGAAAGAUAAACUUGAUAACCUCCGAUGAUUGAAAGAGAUAUUCUGGUGCAAAACAGUCUCUUCAGAUGGGGAAUGACUUUAUUUAUUUUAUUUUUUUAAAGGGCUGUCUGGACUGGUAGACACCAGAAUGGGUGUUGAGGAUAGACUUUUUUUGAUGAUGAGUGCUUGAAAUCAUUAAUUCGAUGAUGUCAGGAGCAGAACGAGAUGUGUAUGGUGUACUAAGCUAGAACUUGAACCUCCUGGUAAUGUCUCAUUUCUCUCCCUGUACUCUCUAGCCAGCCUUUAGCCCAGCUGUGCUGGGACCUGCUGUGCCCCCAUCAGUGUACGAAUGUGUGUCCUUCACCUCGUUUGCACUUAUGUACAUAAAUGAGUGAAAAUAUUCAGAAUUUAUUUUGAAUAUGCAUAGAUAAAUACAAAUAUAUAGACAUAUAUAUUGAGAAAAAAAAAAGAAAAACCUGUUCAAAUGAAAUGACUGUAUUGUUAGGAAUACAGGUAAACAUCUGUACUUCUACUAGGUUGUUCAAGAAAUGCGAGGGAUUCGUUGUAUGUUCUUUUUGCUAAUGCCCUUGGUCUCACCAUGAGUAUGUUGUUGCUUGCUGAUCAAAUAGAUGAAAAUGAAAAGACGCUUUAUAGUUUGUCAUGGUUUACAAAAAUAUGCAUAUUACCCCGAGCACUGAGGCUGUUUAUAUCUGAUCAUAAACUGUGUUGGUGGUGUUUGGAAAGAAGCAUGGCCCCUAAAUUGUAUGCAGAUGAUGCAUUGCAUCCAAGAAACCAAAGACUAAAUAGCUUGCUCAUCUUUCUGUUAGUUUCAUUAUUCGUCGUGAAUUGCCUAUUUAGUGUCACAAGAUAUUCUGCUGUGCUUUAUUAUUAUUAUUAUUAUUAUAAUUAUUAUUAUUAUUAAAUGUGUUCAUGGCUCUAAAAGAUGAAAAGAAAUGGGAUUCAAAAUGGAUCUGAUUGGGAUUUUAGCUCAUGUGACAUCUGUACUGGUGAUGUUCUGCCCCCUGCAGAUGGCAAACGGUAUAACAGACAGCAAAACCCCAUUUUAUUUUUUUCCCCCUCCCCUGCAUACAAGGCGGGCUGAGCAUCAUUCAAAUACAGGACACACCACCAACAUCAGGGUCAGAUUACAGCAGGAAAGCAUUGCAACUGGUUAUAUGGAGUUUAAGUUACAUUUCUGUAUUUGGUUUCCGCUCAGUGUUCAAACAAUCAAACAUUCCCAAAAAACUGAUCAAUAAUCCUAAAUAUCUCGGUGCAUUUCCUCAAGACAAACCCUAUUAACGCAAUGAAACCUGGAGAUAUCUUGUACAUUCUGCGGUCCACAGUUGCUUUGGAAGCCAAGAAUUUUGUUGCCAUGGCACUUGUCCUAGUAGUGAGGGAGAGACUGAGUCUUUAUAGGUUCCUGCAUAUCGAUGCACCUUUGGACCACGUUCACAUGGUCCCAAACCUUCUGACUGUAAAGUGGACUCAGCACAGAGUUUGAUAUCUUAAGUCCUGAUUUACAGAACAUGCAGAAAACGAAUGCAAUCAAAAGGACACUUUUGACCACUGUGCUUAUUAGAAGAAAAAAAACAACUACUACUAACACUCUUCUGCUGUCCACCUUACUGUGCCUGGACAUUCUGUAAAGACAGUGUGUUUUGUUUUUUUUUCUGUUUUUUCCUUUGUCAAUUAUUUCAUUUUUAACCAAGAGAAUCCAUCACUUAUAUUUAAUCACAUCAUAUUUAAGUCUGUGUGGAAAUUGAUGUUGACGGUAUUGACAUAUAAAAUGUGUGUAUAGGAUUAAGUUUAUAUUUAUGUUGUAAAAUGCUAUGGAUGUAAAUGUAAAUGCAGUCUCUUGUUCGAGAUUUGAGGUUUUGUCCCUUUAAGGGCGUCAGUCAGGUGUAGUUUUAAAUGCAGGAAGCAGAAGUGCUUUCUAGCAGAAGCAGUUUAAAGAAUGUCCACCUUGUUUCAAAGCCAUACGUUGUUGAUUCCUCUUUCCCCCACUGUAGGACAAGAUCUAAUUGAAUGCCCUGACUCUUUAUAUGAAAUGCUUCUCUUUGUAUUUAGCGUGUUGUACUUGUAUGUGCUAAAAAUGUGUGCUUAUUGCCAAUCCCUUUUAUGAUUAUAGUAAUGUAUAGAAAAUAUACAUACUUAUAUGAUCUUUUCGUUUGACAUUUUAAUAAAGCACUUAAAUGGAAA